AUGCCACUACGCAAAGAGCCGCCCACACCUAGAACAGCCGCCGUAGACACUCGUCUCGAUCCCUCGCACAACCAUGCACCCUCGACACUGGGACCGCUGAUCCCGUUCAAGGCGGGCCAAACGUCGCUUCGCCAGCAGGCCAUCCUGACCGAGGACGAGUAUACAUCGGCGCUGUCGAGCAUCAUCAAGCGUGACUUCUUCCCGGAACUCGAUCGGAUUACGGCGGAGAAUGCGUAUUUGGCUGCGGUGGAGGAUGGCGAUUCAGUGCGGAUUCGAGAUGCGUUGGACCGGUUGUUGAGGUUCGACGGUGGGAAGGCGGAAGGAAUGCCGAGGAAAUUGCGUCGAAGGGAUGUGCCUCGUGCGACGCCAAGCGCGAGAAGCGAGAAGGGAGAGUGGGAUGAUACGCCCAUCGCCUCGGGCUCAUCGCGUGUCUUCAACCCCACCUUCACACCGGCUCUCUCCACUCCCGGACCGGUCGAUGUCGACGACGAAGACACGGCAGAACCGCCCUCAGGCAUCACUCCGAACCUCGACCUCUCCCUCGCGUCUUUCCAGGCGCAGUACACGUCGGAAGACAACGCGAGCUUCGCCCAGCUGCUCGAUCGGGACAAACAAGAGCGUAAACGCAAGCACGCCCACCUGUUCGCACGCGAGAAAGCGUCUGCCGAGAACCGCAAGCGGAUCGUCGCUACGGAGCAGCAGGAAGCGUUGAAGGGAAAGCAGCUUGCGAUCGAAGCCAAUCCGGACCAUCCGAAGCUGUUGCAGCAGGGUAUGCCGACGCUGCUCAUCGAAGGCAGCGACGUUGGGGAGAAGGGAAAGCGGAAGCAAAGCGGGAAGGACCCGAUGGACGAUCUCGUCCUGGUCCCCGAACCGCGCUCUGACCCUCGUCCACCAGCGACCGGCCUCAAUCGAAGGAAAUACACAGCUCGAAAUGCGCUCCUCUACGACGCAGAUGCCAACGAAGACCAUCUCCGUGCCCCUCCCCUUGCCACCUUACCCGAUCCGAAACCGCGUACGAACUUCGCGGCGCUCCGCUUCGACGACUCUGCACCUACAGCGAGCGAAGUCGACGAAAGCGAUCCCUCCUGGUCACCGAGCAGCACGCGUGUCGAUGCGGCCAUCGCACGUGGUCGAGCGGGCUCCCUCUCGACUUCAGAGCAAACACCCAAAGUGAACGGAUACGGGUUCGUCACGCCUUACUCCACCCCGCAGCACGGCCGCGGUGAGGACGAGCUGCGCGUAUACAAUGCGAUCAAGGCUCGACGUGCGGAGACAUCGGGCGGAUUUGAGCUGCCGCAGUACAGCAAGAGGGAGAGGGUCGCGCAGGGAUUGACUGCGACGCCAAAGGGGGGGAUGACGCCCUAUGGCCAGGCGAAGUAUGGUGGAUUGACGGGGUUGAGGGCGCGAGGAUUUGCCAGUCCGAAAUCUCGAAAGGGAGGGCUGACGCCUGCGGGUAAGGCGCUGUUGGAUCGAAGCACGAGAGGCGGCACACCGCUGGCUGGUCAGGGCGUGGCGAGCCCCAUGUCGAACCGCACUAGCACAAGUCGGGAAAGGAGGAUCGGGGAUCGAGGUUGGACGCCCACUCCACGGCAUACACAGGGCAAACGAUGA